AUGUAUACACAGUUGUUUCAAUUUCUAAUCAUUUCGUGUUCUGCAAACUUUAAAAAAUCACCGUGGCCACCUACAGGCUGCAUCAUCCACCAUUACUAUCCCCAAUGUAAAGAUGGUACGCUCGAAAGCUGGAUCCACACAGUGACUCGUGUGAAAGACACUAAAGAUCUCACACUUGUAAACGAUGACUAUCAUGGUUCCGUUGGACGUUACGAAGCAAAAAAUUUGCUCCACUUGCACCCAGAUGCAUUUUCGCAUCAUAGCCUCACUUCACUGUCACUUUGUGGAUAUAGUCUAGUAUCUCCACGUGGCUUCAGAAAUUGCUCGAAUCUUAAGACCCUCAAGCUUUUAAACAUCGUCAUCACCCAGGCUAGUGUCCUUACCAAUGUUUUCGCAGCUUGCCCCUCUCUCGAGGUGAUUGUGUUGCGAGUCGAUUGCCUAACCCGAUGUGAUGUGCUGAAGAUCGAGAACAACAACUUGAAGUUCUUACAAGUGACUUCCGCUUAUAAGAUUGAAAAGAUCAAAGUGUAUGCAGCUGGUCUAGAUGUUCUCGACAUCAAGUUUAUCAAAUGUGAGAAAGAGAACUUCAUCCUUGCUGCCCCCAACAUCGGCCAGUUUAACAGAGAUUACUGGGUUCGUUGUCCUCAUGCUCACCUCAGCUACAAUGUGUCAUAUCUCGCUCAGGAGAAGAAAAACAUUUGGCAUGAGCUUAUGGUGAGCGACUUUCGUCAUAUGACCCGCCAUGGAUCUUUAUCGGUGAGUCUAGAUUUAACUAAUCCGAAAGAAGUGGAGAUACUGAAGGAAGUUUUUCUUAUGUGGAAUACUUACGAAAUGAUAGAGCUUGAGAUCUUGUUCAAGAACACCAAUGCUGCAAUAGAAGAAGGUGAAUGUUUAACUAACGGGAGAGCACAUGAAAAAUUGUGGGAGGAUGCAAAACCGUUCCCUAAUGCUGAUUUCCGCAUUUACCUUGUGCGGAUGUAUAAUUUCGACGGUUCGAAUGAGGAAGAAUUUGCGUUAGCUUCCCAUUUUGUGAUGCAAAAGACGGUGACUAAUAAGAUGAUGAUGCAUACCUCGUCGUAUUCUCCGCCGAAGAAGUUAAAGGUGGAAGCAGCUGUGGCCAAGCUAAUGCAACUUCCUAAAGGGAACAAAGAUCUUAGUAUCGAAUGCUUUUGA